AUGAAUGACCGACCCGGUGAGCGACAUCGAGAGCAGAGCAAGCCGUGUGCACUUGCAUCCAUGUCGAAAGCCAGCCUCGAAUGCCACAUGUUUUCACACUGUCACAAUGAGUCCGAAAAGUGUUCCACUACUCCUCCAACGGAUGUUCAGAUGGGAGAGAAGGGUUCUGGGUGCAACAUCUAUCCCUGUGCAUUCUCAUGGUCUGGAAGUGACCACAACCAUGUGGCGAAGCAUACGGACAAGAGGAAACACAACAGUGAUGUCUGCCCUGCAGAGUUCAGCCUGAGCGGGAACAUACAGCAGCACAAGCGGACAGAUUCAUGCAAGAAGCCAUACAAGUGUGAUGAGUGCCCUGCAGAGUUCAGCCGGAGUGCUCAUCUGCAGCAGCACAAGCGGACACACACAGGUGAGAAGCCAUACAAGUGCGAUGUCUGCCAUGCAGAGUUCAGCCUGAGAGGGAACCUACAGCAGCACAAGCGGACACACACGGGUGAGAAGCCAUACAAGUGCGAUGUCUGCCACGGAGAAUUCAGCCUGAGAGGGAACCUACAGGAGCACAUGCGGACACACACGGGCGAGAAGCCAUACAAGUGCGAUCUCUGUCCUCCAGUGUUCAGACAGUGCGGAACCUUGUCACGUCACAAGCGGACACACACGGGUGAGCAGCCAUAA